GCUUGUCUCGACACCAUAAAUAACAACACUCACCGCUCUCUCUUUCUCUCGCUCUCUUCCAGUAACCUCUACCUUCUAUUUCCUUCAAUUCCGGACCGACCACGUUCUCUUCACGCCGCAAAUCCGUUUUCUCUUCUCUCUCUCUGUCCGUGUCUGUUCUAUCUCUUUCCAUCUCUCUGUUGCUGUCUCACCUGUCUCUAUCUCAAUCUAUACGAUGAGGAAAGGUUUGAAGAGAAAGGCCAGCAAGAAGGAAGAAAGCAAUUCACCUGAGGAGUUUCCAAAAGGAUCGACCAAAGCAUCGAGCGGAGGAAAGCGAGUUAAAGCUCCUGCUGCUCCAAAACCUAAAGAAGAGCCUGAAUUCUUCCCUGAGAAGCGUAAUCUGGAAGAUUUAUGGCAGGCUGCAUUCCCAGUUGGUACAGAGUGGGAUCAAUUGGAAUUGCUUUAUCAGUACAAAUGGGAGUUUUCAAAUUUAGAAAAUGCAUUUGAAGAAGGUGAGGAACUUUAUGGGAAGAAAGUCUACCUUUUUGGAGCUACAGAACCUCAAAUGGUCUUCUUCAAGGGUGAAGAAAAGUUAAUCUGUAUUCCUGUUGUUGUGGCAGUUGUAUCUCCAUUCCCACCUUCUGAUAAGAUUGGCAUUUCAGUCCAAAGAGAAGCUGAGGAAAUAGUGCCAAUGAAGAAAAUGAAAAUGGAUUGGGUUCCAUAUAUCCCUUUAGAGAAUAGGGAUAGUCAAGUAGACAGAUUGAAUUCUCAGAUUUUUAUUUUAAGCUGCACCCAGAGAAGGGCUGCUUUAAGUCACCUGAAAUUUGAAUAUGUCAAGAAAUUUGAAUAUUGUCUUCCUUAUUUCUACCACCCCCUGAAGGAAGAUGAAUUUGAGCAAAGCACUGAAGUUAAUAUUAUUUUCCCAGUGGAACCAAAACCAGUUGUAUGCCAGUUCGAUUGGGAGCUUGAUGAGCUUGAGGAGUAUACUGACAACCUAAUUAAGGAGGAGGAAUUAUCUGAAGAUCAGAAGGAUGCCUUCAAGGAAUUUGUUAAGGAGAAGGUCAGAGAAGCAAAGAAAACUAACAGAGAGGCAAGGGAAACUCAGAGGAAAGCCCUAGAAGAAAUGAGUGAGGAGACUAAAGCUGCAUUUGAGAACAUGCGGUUUUACAAGUUCUAUCCUGUGCAAACUCCAGAUAUACCAGACAUAUCCCAAGUGAAGUCUCCCUUCAUAAAUAGGUACUAUGGGAAGGUCCAUGUAAUUCUUUGAUGGACCUCUUCAAGUAGUAGUAGAUAUCAACUUCAGAAAUUCUCUUCCAAGAGAUUGUCUUGCUUUUCAGCUGUCAAAAAAAUUGAGCAGAAGCUGAAAAAUUUUGAUGUUUGAGAAAGAUUAGGUUGUGAUCUUCAUGUCGUUGAUGACCUGAUCCCGUGAUCAAGCUGGGCAUUGCAGGACGAAAGCUGUACCCUGUAAUUCAUUAGAUAAUUUUGUAGGAAAUUCUGAAAGGCUUAUAAUUCUCGAGGCCAUUGAGAUUGAGUGUUCCAGAGCUUCUAUUCCAAAAUUCCCCCUUCAAGUGUUGUUUGUCAACCUUUCUUUCAACACUUUUUUUUUUUACUGUAAAAAGAGAUAAAAAAUACAAAGAUCUCUAGGUUUACCAAAAAGAUUACAUACACUUGUCUAUGAUAUUUCUUGUGUAACAUGUGGGAUGUGGCUGUUACGAUAAAUAAUAAUGGUCUACAGAUAUUUUUACUUCCAACCUCA